AUGUGGUUCGAACUUAACAUAUUAGUUGAAAUGAAGGUAGAUUUGACAAAUCAAUUAUUUGAAAGAAUAAGAAUAGAGAAUACUUCUUUAAUUAGAGGUAACUUUGUUAGGUGCAAUUUAAAUGAAUCUGAAUUCAACAAUGUGGACAUAAGUGGAAUGAAUUUAAACGGGGCACUUCUCUAAAACUGCAAAUGGAAGAAUAUUAAAAUACAAGAACUGAAUAAAUUAAAUGGUCAUACUGGUUCUGUACUAUCAAUAUCUCUUUCACCAGAUGGAACUACUUUAGCCUCAGGUAGUAGUGAUAAGUCAAUCCGUUUAUGGGAUGUUAAAUCUGGAUUGUAAAUUCAAGAUUCAGAUUAGAAAUAUCAAGAUCUUUUAGCAUAAUUUAAAUUACCCUUACAUUAAAAUAAUCUUCUAGGAGAAAGUAUUAUUUGUAUAUAUAUUUUUAGGUACCUCAUAUCUAAACAUUCUCCUAAUCUCUUAAUUGGAAUUAUUUCAAGCUAAAGGAGCUCUCAUUCUUUAAGGAGAAUUUGUAAAUCAUUAAGGUUAUGACUUAAAACAAUUAUUAAAAUAGAAAGGAAGUAUAUUUUUGGAAAAUAAAUUAGAUGAAUUCUAAAAACCGAAUUGA